GCAGCUAACAAUUGUUAUAAAUAGCAAUUAACGUACUAGUUCCUCAACUAUAUGGCAACAUCAAGUCAAAUGUAAGUCCAAACGUCAAAAUAAAAAUAAAUGCCAAAACUCAAAAGUUGUUUUGUGUGUUGUCCAGAAUAAUAAACAAGAAAUCUAAAUUCUACAAUUAAAAGUAUAAAAAAAAUGGUGGGAAUCAACAUGAAUGGUCCUGCGAGAGAUCGAGUGAUGAAACUGAUUCAGGACAAGGAUAGAAUUGAAAGAGAAAUUCGGGAGCACACAGCUGUGUUGGAGACGAAUAACGUUGGGAUGCACGAUGCUCUGGUGGACGCUGAAGGAUUUCCACGCAGUGAUAUAGAUGUGUACAAGGUUCGUCAUGCUAGACACCGUAUAAUAUGCCUACAAAAUGACCAUAAGAAUUUAAUGAAGAUGAUAGAGCGAGGUCUCGCUGAGGUUCAUUCUGAUUUACUCGGUUCUAAUGGUGAAGGGCCAUCCGUUAAUGUGCCAUCUUCAAGUAACGGUAACGGUCACAUUAAUGGGGUGAACGGUGCCAGUAGUGGUGACACUGUUAAUGGUACAGCUGAUGAAGGUCAAGCAUUUGCUGUUGUUGGUUGCGUUCAUAAUGGAUCUCCAGCAGAUGUAGCGGGUCUACAAGAAUAUGAUGAAAUCUUGCAGUUUGGAUCUGUGAAUCAUGAAAACUUUCAGGACAUGUCACAGAUAAACAAUAUAGUAUCUCACUCUGUGGGCCAGAGAGUUAAUGUUAGGAUAAAAAGAGACCACAAUAUCAUGAACCUAACAGUUGUGCCCAGACCCUGGCAACAACCUGGCUUGUUGGGUUGCCAUAUUCAAAGAAAAUCGUAAUCAAAAAGGUUUAACGAAAAAAUAUUUGUGAUAUUCCUGUAAAAGUUUCUGUUGUUUUUGGUUAUGUUUAGUUGUCAAUGGCAAGUCCUUUAGUUAUGUUGUAAUGUAAAUUACUUGCAAUUAAAGUUAAAUAAUAUCCAGUAGUAUUGAUAUCCAGUUUGACUAGAUUAGAAAACAAUUUAAAAGUACUACUAUCAUUCUGUAACAUCCUAUUAUUGGUUUAUGAUAAAAACUUUCUAUAUGAGUCAGAUUUCUUAGUUGAUUUAAUUUUCUUUGAAUAAUUUAUGUUGCAAUUUUUUAAAAUAAAUAAAUAAAAACUGUAUUAACAUUUAUGAUCAAUAAACUGACACUUAAUUACUAGAAAAAAAAAACAAAAACAGAAACUGUUGUAAAUAAUUAAAGAACUUAAAAAUAAAUAUGAUGAUUUAUAA